AUGCUUAUGGAGUCUGAAUCACUGGAAAGAUGAGCUGUCCUGUAUCCUGCUUUGGUCAUGGAAAAGAUAUCUAGUGGCAAGGUUGGCUUUGCUCUUGGCAAUGUGGUUGGGAUGUAUCUAGCUCAGAACUAUGAGAUUCCUAACCUUGCAAAGAAGCUUGAAGACUUUAAGAAGGAUGUGGAAGCUAAGAAGAAACCUCCCAGUGACAAAUCCUAAGAGAGUGUUACCCUGGUCACCUCUGUGCAAGCAUCAAGGAUGCAAUUUACCCUUCAGACAACAAAGAUCAAGUAGAAGUUUGGCAUGGGAGGUUCCUCCAGAUUUAGUCUCCUAGAACUGGAAUAUCCUUGUUUUGAAAGAGCAACCACGAACUUUUCCUAGGACUGAUUUUAAGGGGUUUCAGUAUUUUGGAUUUACAGAUUAUGUGUGACUGGAAAAGAUAGUUUGUAUUUUUUGUUAAUGCUUUUCCUAAUGUUUUAUAACUCAUUUUUACCUGAUCCAACUGGAGAAUGGUGUAAGUCCUGUUACUAUCCGUACCUCAUAGUUUGUAAUACCGUAGUCUUAGAACAUCGCAAAAUAAAUUAAAUGCAUCAAGAGGCAA